AUGUCGUCUACUUCAACUCAGACCCGUACAGAAUGGUCUGUAGAGUACGACACAGUCAGGCGUCACCGACUGUUCAGAAAUACCCCCAAAGAUCACAGUGCCUUCCCCGCCCUUAAAGCCGCCGUCAAACCGCAUGUCGAAUCAUUCAAUGCGCUGUGGGAUGAAGGAUUGAUUGAUGCAGGCCUCAAAGACAUUGGCAUACAUACAGUUGUCGAUGGAGAUCCGCGGAAUCCACGUCCAGCAGAGGCUCACAACAAGCUCGAUCUGAGAGUGACCGGAGUGAUACUUGACAAACCUGUCCUUCCCAGUUCAAACAAAUACAGCAUACAAGAUCGAAAUAUCUACCCUUCCGAAUGUCGAGAGAGGCAUGCUACCUACCGAGGAAAGUUAGGAGCCCGGUUACAGUACCGAGUAAAUAGUGGCGAAUGGAGAGAAUCGGUGCGAGAUGUUGGUCAGAUGCCCAUUAUGCUGCGGUCCAGCAAGUGUCACCUGGAGAAAUUUUCUCCCGCAGAAAUGGUUCAUCACAAGGAAGAGUCUGAAGAGUUGGGCGGAUAUUUCGUUGUGAACGGCAAUGAGAGGCUUAUACGAAUGUUGAUUGCGAAUAGGAGGAACUAUCCCAUGGCAAUUUCACGGAAUGCCUUCACCGCAAGAGGACCGACGUUUUCGAAAUUUGGUAUUUCAAUUCGCUCGGUAAGACCCGAUCAGACAUCGCAAACCAAUGUCCUUCAUUAUUUGACCGAUGGAAACGUCACUUUCAGAUUCUCAUGGAGGAAGAAUGAAUACCUGGUGCCUGUGGUCAUGAUUCUGAAGGCUUUGGUGGAGACCAACGACCGAGAGAUCGCUGAAGGAAUCAUCGGCUCAUCCUCCAACAGUACUCCGAAUUCUUUUGUCUCUGACCGGACUGAACUCCUCCUACGGACGUACAAGGCGUACAAUCUGAAGACCAGAGCUCAAACGCUCGCAUAUCUAGGGGAGAAAUUUCGACCUGUGCUCAUGAACCCGAUAACAGUGUCGGAUGAAAAGCUGGGCGAGGAGUUCUUGAGAAAAAUCGUCCUACCACAUCUAGGAAACGUCGAUGUAACUCCUGCCCAGAAUAACGACAAGUUCCAACUGAUGCUUUUCAUGAUCAGGAAGCUCUAUGCUCUCGCAGCGGGCGAUUGUGCUCUGGACAAUCCGGAUGCGGUGUCAAAUCAGGAAAUUCUACUGGGAGGCUUUCUCUGCGGCAUGAUAUUGAAAGAAAGUGUCUACGAUUGGAUGGUUAACAUUGGAACAGCCGCCCGAGAUUGGGUCAGAACCAAAAACGGGGCCAAAUUCACCGACCCAGCUUUCGAAACCGAUUUUCUUCCCAAAAUAGUUCGGAGAACGAAUGAAAACCUGGCGGGGAAGCUGGAGUAUUUCCUUUCUACGGGGAACCUCGUCAGUCAGACUGGUCUGGAUCUGUCACAGACCUCGGGGUUUACGAUUGUCGCGGAAAAGAUCAAUUUUUAUCGAUUUCUUAGCCAUUUCAGAUGUAUACACCGAGGCACUUUCUUUGCACAGUUGAAAACAACUACUGUCAGAAAGCUGCUCCCUGAAAGUUGGGGGUUUCUCUGUCCCGUCCAUACUCCUGACGGAUCUCCUUGUGGUCUUUUGAAUCAUUUGGCCCAUCAAUGCCAGGUUCAGAUCAAAAAAUUAGAUACUUCUGGAAUUGAGAAAGCCCUCGUCCAACUUGGUCUUUCUUCUGUACCCGCCAUGGCCGUUGAAAAUAGUCUGUCCGUUCAAUUGGAUGGGCGAAUAUUAGGGUACUGUCCGGCUAGACGGGCAAAAGAGAUUGCACAGCUCCUGCGACAUUGGAAGGUCAAUGGAGAGAAUAGCAUUCCCAAUGAACUCGAGAUCGGGCAUGUUCCGACUUCAAAUGGCGGUCUUUAUCCUGGUCUGUACCUCUUCACUGAUCCUUCCCGCAUGUUGCGGCCGGUGAAAUAUCUCCCAUCAGACAAACUCGAUUAUGUUGGACCGUUUGAGCAACAAUACAUGAAUAUUGCCUGUGUGGGUGCUGAUAUCAUCCCUAAUCUGACGACGCAUAUCGAAUACAAACCUACCAACAUUCUAUCAAUCCUGGCCAAUAUGACCCCUUUCUCAGAUUUCAAUCAAUCCCCCCGAAACAUGUACCAAUGCCAAAUGAGUAAACAAGCCAUGGGGACUCCAUCAUCCAACCUAAUGUGUCGGACCGACAACAAAGCUUUCCUAUUGCAAACAGGGCAAACCCCCGUUGUCAGACCACCUCUGUAUAACGAAUACGGACUAGACAAUUUCCCCAACGGAAUGAAUGCCGUUGUCGCCGUCAUUUCCUAUACGGGCUACGACAUGGACGACGCGAUGAUUAUCAACAAAUCAUCCCAUGAGCGAGGUUUCGGUGAUGGCGUCAUUUACAAGACGAAAGUGUACGAGCUCAACGAAAAAUCUCGUUUAAGUCGAUCCAAGACCGAAAUCAAAUCACUAUUUGGCUUUGCUGAGGGCGACCCAAACAUUUCCAAGGAAGCCAUCAGUAAUCUCGACCCUGAUGGGUUGCCCGCGAUCGGAACCAAAGUCAGAGAAAAUUCAAUAGUCCUGGCAUAUCAUAGCGUCAUGUUUGAUCCGUCGGAGGCCCGAUUGAGAAAUCUGGACGGGAACACCAGUUACUUCAAAUACAAGGACACCGAAGAAGCGUACAUCGAUCAGAUUCGAUUGAUUGGCUCGGAAUCCGGUGAUCAGCCGUGUCAGGCAGUCAGCAUCAAAUACCGAAUUCCUCGAAGACCCGUUAUCGGAGACAAGUUUUCUUCACGGCACGGUCAAAAGGGGGUCUGUUCUAUGCUGUGGCCAAGUCAAGACAUGCCGUUCAGCGAAUCUGGAAUCCAGCCCGACGUCAUCAUCAAUCCGCACGCUUUCCCGUCUCGAAUGACCAUCGGCAUGUUCGUUGAGUCGCUGGCCGGUAAAUCCGGUGCACUUCACGGUUUGGCGCAAGAUUGUACUCCCUUUUCCUUUGACGAAGACAAUACGGCCGGCAACUUUUUUGGUGAACAGCUCAGACAGGCAGGGUACAAUUUCUACGGAAACGAGCCCAUGUAUUCUGGAGUCACGGGCAAAGAGUUCGCAGCUGACAUAUACAUUGGCGUCGUGUACUACCAGCGCCUAAGACAUAUGGUCAGCGACAAGUUCCAAGUGCGGACGACCGGCCCCGUCAACGCUCUGCACGGUCAACCGAUCAAAGGGCGGAGUAAAGGUGGUGGUAUCCGUGUGGGAGAAAUGGAGCGCGACUCUUUAAUAGCCCAUGGCUGUGCGUACUUGCUUCAAGACCGUCUGAUGGAUUGCUCCGACAAGCAGCGUGCCUGGGUGUGUCGGUCGUGCGGCAGUCUCUUGGCCACGAUGAUGAUCCCGAACCAGUUCUCUGUGGGCAAGAAAGGAGGAAGAGUCGAGCCGAGUGGUGUGGUUAGGUGUCGUGCGUGUGCGAGGGAGGCGAGGCUAGAGGAUAGUAAGUUGGAUAUCUGGGAGGAUGGGGCCGGGAGGAGGCUUGUCGGUGGCGAUAAUACGACCGUCGUCAAUGUUCCGGGUGUCUUGAGGUAUUUGGAUGUCGAACUUGCGGCUAUGGGCGUGAGGACCACGUUUCAGAUUGAAGCAUAG